AGACAGGUGCCUUCAGUGACAGAGAAGAGGGCUUUUACUGUCAGCGGAAACCAGCUCGAGUGUGUGUGUGUGUGUGUGUGUAAGUGUGUGUGUGUGUGAGCCUCACAUCAGUCAGACGCAUCUCGCUCUGACCCGUCUCUCAUGGAUUGCUCUAGGUUCCAGACGAUUUUAAAAGAGGGAAAGUUAAUGAAACAGACGAACUUUCAGCGCUGGAAGAGACGUUAUUUUAAACUGCGGGGAAGAACACUGUACUACGCUCAGACGGCCAAGUCAAUUAUUUUUGAUGAAGUGGAUCUGACAGACGCCAGUGUAGCGGAAUCCAGUACGAAGAACAUCAACAACAGCUUCACUGUAAUCACUCCGUGUCGUCGGCUGAUUCUGUGUGCGGAAAACAGGAAAGAAAUGGAGGAAUGGAUCGCAGCGCUGAAGAGUGUUCAGAACAGAGAACACUUCGAGUCCACUCAGUUCAGUAUGGAUCAUUUCUCGGGGAUGCAUAACUGGUACGCCUGUUCGCACGCUCGCCCCACGUACUGUAACGUCUGCCGGGAGGCUCUGUCUGGGGUCACGUCUCACGGGCUGUCCUGCGAAGUGUGCAAGUUCAAGGCUCACAAGCGUUGUGCGGUCAGAGCCACUAAUAACUGCAAAUGGACGACACUGGCCUCCAUCGGCAAAGACAUACUGGAGGACGAGGAUGGGAUCUCGAUGCCUCAUCAGUGGCUGGAGGGGAAUCUGCCGGUCAGUGCCAAAUGCACCGUGUGUGAUAAAACCUGCGGCAGCGUUCUCAGACUUCAGGACUGGCGCUGUUUAUGGUGUAAAGCCAUGGUGCAUGCUGGGUGCAAAGACCAGCUCUCUCCCAAGUGCCCUUUGGGUCAGUGUAAAGUCUCCGUGAUUCCACCCACCGCCCUCAACAGCAUCGACUCGGACGGGUUCUGGAAGGCGACGUGUCCUCCGACCUGCACGAGCCCGUUGUUGGUGUUUGUGAACAGUAAAAGUGGAGAUAAUCAGGGUGUGAAGUUUCUACGGCGGUUUAAACAGCUGUUGAAUCCUGCUCAAGUGUUCGAUCUGAUGAACGGAGGGCCACAUCUGGGCUUGCGUCUGUUCCAGAAGUUCGAUACGUUUCGUAUUCUGGUGUGUGGGGGUGAUGGCAGUGUGGGAUGGGUGCUGUCAGAGAUAGACGCUCUGACUUUACACAAACAGUGCCAGCUGGGUGUACUUCCUCUGGGAACAGGAAAUGACCUGGCCAGAGUUUUGGGAUGGGGCUCGGCGUGCGAUGACGACACACAGUUACCACAGAUACUGGAGAAGCUGGAGAGGGCCAGUACCAAGAUGCUGGACAGAUGGAGUAUUAUGGUAUAUGAGACCAAGUUACCACGGCAACAUUCCAGCUCCACGGUAACAGAGGACUGCAGUGAGGACUCAGAGGUGCAGCACAUUCUGACCUAUGAGGACUCUGUUGCUGCUCAUCUCUCCAAAAUCUUGACGUCUGAUCAGCACUCUGUGGUCAUUUCCUCCGCCAAAGUCUUGUGUGAAACAGUUAAGGAUUUUGUUGCGAAAGUGGGACGUGCGUACGAGAAGAACACAGAAAAUUCUGAAGAAUCAGAGGUCAUGGCUAAAAAGUGUGGUGUGCUUAAAGAAAAGUUGGACUCGUUACUGAAAACGCUUAACGAGGAAUCUCAGGCCACCAGCGUGAUGACUGCGCCUCCGCCCACCAUCGCCGAAGAGCAGGUUGACGGGGAGGGUGUGGUUUUGGCCCCGCCCACCGCCCCGCCCACCAUCACGGCUCCUUGUUCUCCUCGACCACCUGCCGCCAUCUUCAAACCUCGAGAGCAGCUGAUGUUACGCGCCAACAGCCUGAAGAAAGCCAUCAGACAAAUCAUAGAGCACACGGAGAAAGCGGUGGAUGAACAGAACGCUCAGACGGAGGAAGGUUUGUCGUCACUGCCUGCGGAGGAUGAAGAUGAGGACGAUGACGCUGAGCGAUUAUCUCUGCUGUCGUACAGCAACAGAACGCGAGCAAGUCGAAGAGUGUCUAAGACUCCGUGUGAGAAGCUCAUCAGUAAAGAACGCCUGUCCAUAGGCAGCUCCGCCUCACUUCCUGCCCAGACAGGAAGUCGGGAGAAUAUGCCCAUGCUGAACACCAAGAUCCUGUAUCCCAGUCUCAGGGCAGGUGUGUCGGGCUCUUUCAGCGGGUCAGUGAUUAGCCGGCUGCUGGUCAACGCUGACCCCUUCAGCUGUGAUCCAGAAAACCUGGACCUGUACACAGAGAAAUGCGUGAUGAAUAAUUAUUUCGGGAUCGGCCUGGAUGCCAAAAUCUCUCUGGACUUCAACAACAAACGUGACGAGCAUCCCGAGAAAUGCAGGAGUCGUACUAAAAACAUGAUGUGGUAUGGAGUCCUCGGCACCAGAGAACUUUUACACAGAACAUACAAGAACCUGGAACAGAGAGUUCUGCUGGAGUGUGACGGGAGGCCGAUCCCUCUUCCCAGUCUCCAAGGAAUCGCAGUGUUGAAUAUUCCCAGUUACGCUGGAGGAACAAACUUCUGGGGCGGAACUAAAGAGGACGACACGUUCACGGCGCCGUCAUUUGACGAUAAGAUCCUGGAGGUGGUGGCUGUGUUCGGCAGCAUGCAGAUGGCUGUUUCUAGAGUUAUUAAUCUACAGCACCACCGUAUCGCACAGUGUCGAACGGUGAAGAUCACGAUUCUGGGAGAUGAAGGUGUGCCUGUGCAGGUGGACGGAGAGGCCUGGAUCCAGCCGCCCGGAUACAUCCGGAUCCUCCACAAGAACCGCACUCAAACCCUCACCAGAGACCGGGCGUUCGAAAACACUCUGAAAUCAUGGGAGGAUAAACAGAGAGGAGAGAUUCCUCGGCUGGUUUCCCAGCAUGCAUCACAGCCGGAGAUCGUUUCUGAAGACGAGACCACUCAGAUCAGUCUGUUCGGGCAGGCGGCCGGGGCGCUGAUACACAGUAUCAGGGAAGUGGCAGAGUCUCAUCACACUAUCGAGCAGGAGUUGGCUCAUGCGGUGAACGCCAGCUCUAAAGCCAUGGACCGCGUGUACGCCAACAAAAGCAGCGGAGGUUUGACCUGUAGCGUUGUGAUGGAGAUGGUCAGUAACGUCAAAGCUCUUCAUAGUGAGACCGAACUGCUGCUCGCGGGAAAGAUGUGCCUGCAGUUGGAUCCUCCUCAGAGAGAUCAGCUCAGUGGAGCGCUGGCUUCCGUCACUCAAGAGUUACGCAGACUGACAGACAUCAGCUGGCUCAGUCAGCUCAUCGACCCGGC